AUGGUCAUCAAUCACUUUUUUUCGAUUCUUCUGCUCGCCUCUUUUCUGCAUGUCUCAGGUGCUGAGAGUAAUCCUCAUCUUUCCACCCCAGAUGACCAGAUUGUACACAUUGACCUCCAAAAAGGGGCCAGAACGCCGGACUUCGCCGAACCAAUGAGGGAGUUGAGUCACGGAACUCUCAACUUUUUACACACAACAGACACCCAUGGCUGGUACUUGGGUCACGUGAACCAAAAGCAGUACUCAUCCGACUGGGGCGAUUUCAUCUCGUUUGCCGAACAAUUGAAGAACUGCACAGCCAUAGAGGGUGGCGACCUCCUAUUGGUUGAUACGGGCGACCGGCACGACGGAAAUGGGCUCUCAGAUCUCACUUUUCCUCACGGGCAGGUUUCAGAGACCAUAUUUAUGAAUGCCGACUAUGAUUUGGUCACAGUUGGAAACCACGAGUUGUACGAAGCGAGUGUGUCCAGGUACGAGUACGAAAACAUGGUCCCGCACUACGGGCCAAGUUACAUUUCGACCAAUGUUGAAUAUCUCAAGGAUGACAACACUUGGACGAUUUUUGGAAACAGUACUCACAGGUAUUUCCAGACAGAGAUAAACGGUUAUCACGUACUUGCACUCUCCUUUAUGUUUGACUUUACGGGUGGGAACGAACGCGUCAAAGUCACCCCAAUAUCGGAGAUGGUGAAAAAGCAGUGGUUGUCCGAUCUUCUCUCGUACUACUCGCAAAACAAGCAAGUUGACAUUUUGGUUGUCUUUGGACACUUGCCUGUUUCUCACCAGUGGACUGAGGCAGGUCUUCUUCAUCAUUAUUUGCGUACUUUCUUCCCAGAUACGUUUAUCCAGUAUUUUGGAGGCCAUUCGCACAUCAGAGACUUUGCAAUGUACGAUAACAGGUCUAGUGCGUUACAAAGCGGCAGAUAUUGCGAGACCGUCGGAUUUUUGUCGCUUUCAGACUUCACAAGUGCAGAAACUGCGGAUUCAGAGGUUCACAGACGGUAUAUAGAUUUCAACAUACACUCAUUUAUGCAUCAUACGGGGAAAAAUACGCUUUCAUCUUUUGAAACAGAUCUUGGAUCAUCUGUUUCUCGCAGAAUUGCAUCUGCUGCAAGGGAAAUGAGACUUAGCGAUUCAUGGGGUUACGUUCCACACAAUUUUUACAUGUCGGCCGCUGAUUACUACAAUAGCCACGAUAAGAAGUCUCUUCUCAGAUUUUUGCAAGAUAAGAUCAUAACACAACUCAAACCAGAGCUUUGCGAACUCAAGGGACGGCAACCGUUAUACAAAAAUACACAUAACAACUCACGGUCCAUACUCAUCAAUAGUGGAUCUAUCAGAUACGAUCUUUACAAGGGGGAUUUCACGAGAAAUGCACUUUUCACAGUUUCUCCUUUUAGCAAUAAAUGGAAAGUUGUUCCUAACGUGCCAAAAGAUAUAGCCGCACAAAUUCAGGGAAUCCUUAAUGCUGGUGAUUACAUCAUCACUGGGGCAUCGACAAGUCGCAAGCAUCUUCCAGAUUUGCUCUCUCGUUACCAAAAGGCAACAAAUGCCAGAGUUGCAUCUGCGAAAAUGCUUAACUCUCAUUUAGAUGGAGGAAUACCAAGCAUGUCACGUGAUCAGCACGUACUACACCCCAUAGAUACAGGCAAGAAAAGCUUGUCGUACGGAUAUGUUACGCAUGAUGAUUUUGGAGUAUAUGGCGAUGAUACAAUCCAUAAAGAGCUUCCGAUCUUCCGUGUUCCAAACGUUAUUGCAUCGUUUGAAGGAGGUGCAAACAGCACCCGUACACCAUAUACAGAUCUGGUCUUUUACGACUUCAUACAGGACCAUAUACUAUGGGCAUUAAAAGUUGCGUGCGGUGGAAAUGUGAAGCUUUACAAUGACUUGGCUGGCAAUGUUUCUUAUUACAAUGAUUGCUCAUCCAAGUACAAUGUGGGCCAUUUGUUGAAGAAAUAUGUGCAAGAUCAUUGGCCCUACAAGUAG